AUGCUUAAACUAGAGUGUACUUGGACUGCAGGAGGUUACUGGAGAGAAGGAAGGUGGACCAGCAAUUUCCACAGAAUGCCUUAUAUUGUAAAACUCAUUUUGUUGAUCUUUUGCUUGGUCCUUCUUGGGGAGAGCAGAAAGCACAGGAGAAGGAGAUGGACAGGACAUACAGAGAUACAGAAGACAAGUCACAUAUAUAAAAAGAACCAUGACAUAACAAAAAUUCGGAAAGGAAAAACUGAACAGCUUCUGAGGGUAGAUGACCAUGAUUUCACCAUGAGGCCUGCCUUUGGAGGCCCUGCUAUUCCUGUUGGGAUUGAUGUGCAGGUUGAAAGCUUGGACAGCAUUUCUGAGGUUGAUAUGGACUUUACGAUGACAUUGUAUCUAAGGCAUUACUGGAAGGAUGAGCGUCUUGCCUUUCCCAGUCAUACUAAUAAGAGCAUGACUUUUGAUGGAAGGCUGGUGAAGAAGAUUUGGGUGCCUGAUGUCUUCUUUGUUCACUCUAAAAGAUCCUUCAUUCAUGACACAACUACUGACAAUAUCAUGUUGCGGGUGUUCCCAGAUGGCCAUGUGCUCUAUAGUAUGAGAAUUACAGUGACAGCAAUGUGCAACAUGGACUUUAGCCGAUUCCCACUAGAUUCCCAGACCUGUUCUCUGGAGCUGGAAAGCUAUGCUUACACAGAUGAAGAUCUGAUGCUCUACUGGAAAAAUGGGAAUGAAUCUCUGAAAACAGAUGAGAAGAUUUCAUUAUCUCAGUUUCUCAUACAAAAAUUUCAUACAACUUCUAGACUUGCUUUCUACAGCAGCACAGGUUGGUACAAUCGCCUCUACAUUAACUUCACUUUACGGCGCCAUAUAUUCUUCUUCUUGCUCCAAACCUAUUUUCCUGCCACUCUGAUGGUCAUGCUGUCCUGGGUGUCCUUCUGGAUAGACCGCAGAGCUGUGCCUGCAAGAGUUUCCUUAGGGAUAACAACGGUGCUAACCAUGUCUACCAUCAUCACGGGUGUCAAUGCCUCCAUGCCUCGAGUUUCAUACAUCAAAGCUGUGGACAUUUACCUCUGGGUCAGUUUUGUGUUUGUCUUCCUCUCGGUCAUAGAGUAUGCAGCAGUGAACUACCUGACCACAGUGCAAGAGCGAAAGCAGCGAAAGCUGCGAGAGAAGUUUCCGUGUACAUGUGGAAUACCUUCUACAAAAACUGUGCUGCUUGAUGGUACCUACAGUGAGUCGGAUGUCAGCAGCCUAGAAAGAUAUGCAAGAGGCCAGAUAGUAACUGAGGAAGAUAAACAUGACAAGAUGGUGAUCCAUUUGUCCAUGAAUAACGAAUCUAAUUCAUCAAGGAAGAGGGGGCUCAAGGGAUAUGUGAGCCUUCGUAUCAUCCAGAACACUCAUAUUAUUGAUAACUACUCAAGGUUAAUAUUCCCAGGCACUUACAUAUUUUUUAACUUGAUAUAUUGGUCUGUCUUCUGCUGA